CCUGCACUGGGGGUGAUGCACUCAACCCCACAGGGAGUAGACAAGCCCCAGGCAGAAGAUGUUUUGGAGAAAACUCCCCAAAGCCCUCUGCAUUGGGCUGACUCUGGCCAUUGCUGUCAAUCUCAUUCUGGUAUUUUUUACCAAGGGGACUUUACAAAACCUGUUUAUGGCUGGUCUCCACAAGGAGCUUCCUUUACCUCUGUCUGAGCGCCACGUGGCCGUGAUAAAGAGACUCUCCCACUUGGAGGUAGAAUUGCAGCAUCUGAAAGAAAGUGUGAAAUUGGCUCUGAGGCAACAGGAAAAUGUGAACACCACACUGAAGAGGGCGAAAGAUGAAGUACAACCUGUUCUAAAGGCAGUGGAAGCCACGGCGAAUAAGACAGAGAAGCACAAAACCCAAGUGAAACUCUUCCCACACUCACAGCUUUUCAGGCAGUGGGGUGAGGAUCUUUCUGAGGCCCAGCAGAUAAAGGCCCAGGACCUUUUCCAGAGGUUUGGUUACAACGUGUACCUCAGCAACCAGCUGCCUCUCAAUCGCACCAUCCCCGACACUCGAGACGACAGGUGUCUUCAGAAGACGUAUCCGUCCCAACUCCCAUCUCUCAGUGUCAUUCUUAUAUUCAUGGAUGAAGCUCUGUCCGUUAUACAAAGGGCCAUCACCAGUGUUAUCAACCGGACACCAUCUCGAUUGUUGAAGGAAAUAAUCUUGGUGGAUGAUUUCAGCUCAAAUGGAGAACUAAAGGUACACUUGAAUGAGAAGAUUAAACUUUACAACCAGAAGCAUCCGGGACUACUGAAAAUAAUACGGCACCCUGAGAGGAAAGGUCUUGCUCAAGCCCGCAACAGUGGCUGGGAAGCUGCCACAGCAGACGUGGUCGCCAUCUUGGAUGCUCACAUUGAAGUCAAUGUUGGAUGGGCAGAGCCAAUCUUGGCUCGGAUUCAGGAAGACCACACCGUGAUUGUGUCUCCUGUGUUUGACAACAUUCAUUUUGACACCUUUGAACUGGAUAAGUAUCAACUGGCAGUUGAUGGGUUUAACUGGGAACUCUGGUGUCGCUACGAUGCACUGCCACAAGCCUGGAUUGAUCUGCACGAUGUCACUGCCCCAGUGAAGAGUCCUUCAGUCAUGGGCAUCCUGGCUGCUAACAGGCUCUUCCUGGGAGAGAUCGGGUCUCUGGAUGGUGGAAUGCUCACCUAUGGAGGAGAGAACGUGGAACUUAGCCUGAGGGUGUGGCAGUGUGGAGGGAAGAUCGAGGUUUUGCCCUGCUCCCGGAUUGGUCACCUAGAGAGACACCACAAGCCCUAUGCCUUGGAUCUGACCCCUGCCUUAAAGCGCAAUGCUCUGCGAGUGGCCGAAAUCUGGAUGGAUGAGCACAAACACAUGGUCUACUUGGCCUGGAACAUACCUCUCCAGAACUCCGGAAUCGAUUUUGGGGACAUUUCUUCCAGAAUGGCACUCCGGGGAAAACUGAAGUGUAAAACUUUUGACUGGUACCUGAAAAAUGUUUACCCACUCUUGAAGCCAAUACACACCAUCAUAGGCUAUGGAACAAUGAAAAACCUAUUGGAUGAAAAUGUCUGCCUCGAUCAGGGAGCCAUUUCAGGCAACACCCCCAUCAUGUAUAACUGCCAUGGACUCAGUUCACAGUACGUCUACUAUCACCUGACUGGGGAGCUCUAUGUGGGACAACUGAUUGCAGAGGCCAGGGAUAGUGAUCGCUGCCUGACAGACCCUGGCAAGGCAGAGGAGAAGCCCACCUUAGAACCGUGCUCCAAGGCAGCUACGAAUGGACUGCACAUAUAUUGGGAUUUUAAACAGGGAGGAGCUGUCAUGAACAGGGAUACCAAGCGGUGUCUGGAGAUGAAGAAGGACCCUUCGGGUAGCCAUGUGCUUGUGGUCCACACCUGUACCACGCAAGCGUGGGAAAUCCAGCACACCAUCAGAGACUGGGGUCGGACUAACAGCCAGUGAUCCUCAGACAGCGCUGGAUCUAGGACAUUAGUUCUUGCAAGUGGAAUG